GAGUCUGUAGGCAAUCCCGCUGUUCGUCGCAGUCUUCCGUCGUUCCUGGUAGUACUGUAGCUAGCUACAUACAGUAUUAGGCAUCCAGCUACUACACAGCGCCUCACGCCUCAGGUACUAGUCGUAGUAGUUGUAGUAGGAGUUUUUAUUAUGAGGGUAAUAAUGCUUCUACCCCUCGGGAAAGAAACCGAUCUGGACUCGACGCCAUCUGGGAGUAUUACUGAUUGUGCUCCAUAUUUUUCCAGUACCCUCUCCUCCGAGCAUGUAGGCUAACCUUAAGAAACGUGACGUUUAUGAGCUAUUAGUAGUGUUUUUUUUCUCCCACCCAGUAUGACCAAUGCGUUUGCCGUGGGGCAUGCGGAUUGCACAAUGAAAGCAGUGGCGACUCGCGAUAGAUUAGUGGCUGGGAUUGAGCGCGGAAUGGGAAACGGGGUGGCGGGGGGGUUAGGGGAGGGGGAUGGGGGAAGGGAGUGGCUGGGGCUAAGUGGCGGAAAGGCUGCAGCAUCCCAAAAUUCCAGGAUCAGAAAUACGGAGUAGGUAUACAGUAGGUGUGGCAUAGGUACGUCUGCUACGGAGUAGCCUUGCUAUACGAACAACUAUACCUACAAUGUAGGAGAGAUCCACAUUUUUGUGAUGAGGAGUUUCCACGGUGGAAAAGAGAUGUGGGCGUGGCAUUGGCGCGUGGGCUCCGGCACUGAUGUGCAGCACUAUAUCAGACGUCGCAGUUCCGUGAGUGAUUCAUCCCCAUCCCCAAUCUGCUGCUCUUCCUGCCUCAGUCUUCACCAGGCAGUCGCUACUAGUAGUAGUAGUAGUAGUCGUAGUAGUAAUAGCAGCAGUAGUAGUAGUGUAGUAGUGGAGUGGUGGAUCAGUCUUGAUGGCUCUCCUCUGGGUCUCACGACCCUUCCCGCUCUUCGUGCUGCUUCUCGGCGCUGCCGUUGCGACGAGCACGCUCACGUACGGUGCCGCAGUGGAAGUGACCCCGCCUUCGAACGCCACGUCACCUCCGGACGUCGCCUCGCCUCCGGGCGCCCCGCCUUCUAACGCCACGUCACCUCCGGACGUCGCCUCGCCUCCGGGCGCCCCGCCUUCGAACGCCACGUCACCUCCGGACGUCGCCUCGCCUCCGGGCGCCCCGCCUCCAGGAGCCGCUCAAAACGCCAGUGGUGGUGGCAUUGUUCUCGGGAGCACAACUUUCUACCCCAAUGUCACCUUUGUAGAUGCCAGUGGCCAGAUCAUCACGCCUUAUCGGAACGAGGAUGGGUCGGUCACUGGAGGAGACGUGACUGUUUGGAGUAACGGCACGAUUGCUGGCAACGGUACGGUGGUAGACACGGGGAAGCCUAUCGAUCUCACUAACAUCAUUGUCACCGCCUCACCUCCGGGCGCCGGCGCCGCACCUCCGGGCGCCGCCUCACCUCCGGGCGCCGCCCCACCUCUGGGCGCCGCCUCACCUCCGGGCGCCGGCGCACCUCCGGGCGCCGCCUCACCGCCGGGCGCCCCCUCACCUGCAGACGCCACCUCACCUCCGGGCGCCCCCUCACCUGCAGACGCCACCUCACCUCCGGGCGCCACCUCACCUCCGGGCGCCACCUCACCUCCGGGCACCACCUCACCUCCGCCCCCCCCAAAAUCGGUUCCGGCCGCCGCCUCACCUCCCCCCCCCCCCAAACUGGCUGGGUACCUCGCAUCACCUGCCGGCGUUGCCACUGCAAUGAUCUCUGUGGCUGUCGGUGCUAUUCUCCUGUUUGCAUAGAAGGCAUAAGUGCAUUGUUCGGAGGAAGGCAGAACCAGCUUGCGGUGCUCAUUCUGCUGGUAUUGCAUGGGUGCACUUUGUAGUGGAUUGAAGGAGUUGGAAAAUGCAUUCUUGAAGUUUCUGCCCAAGUAGGAAGUCGAUCCCUCCUGUAACUGGGCUGGUAUUGCAUGGAUGCACUUUUUAGCUGGCUUGGAGUAACUGAGAGAUGCGUUCUCAAUGGGUGCUACUGGAUUUGAGUCGACUCAAGCGUGACUGGGCUGGUAUAGCAAGCAGUGCUGAUCUUUGGGUUUUCAUUACUCUGAAAUCUGAUAGUGACACUACCCACC